AAUGAAAAAUAGUACCACAUUUUAAUUUCUAUUUGAAUAUAAAAAAUUAAACACAUGCUUAUUGGACCUAUGUAUUUCUUUUUAUUCAAGAACUCUAUCCAAUAUAUACACAUUUUCCUUUUGGCUUUUGUCAUUUGUGUAUUUAAGACUUUGAAUAAUGUUUUUAAAUGAUAUUAACUUUAAUCUUUCAUACACCUUUCAGAAAUUUACUAUUCGUAUUUUGUUUUGUGUAUUUUGUAACACACAAGUUGUAAAUGAUUAUGUAUUGUUUUUCUGUUCAGUUCCAUCUUUCAUUUUUAUGCUUAACAAUGUCUUCUUAGUCAUAUAUGCCCGCCUACAUUUUCUUCUAGUUCUUUCAUUAGAUAUAUCUAGUAUUAAUUCAUCACCCAUUUGAUGCAUGGUAUUUUUUUUUCAUGAUGGGGACAUGAAGUAAAUAUUCUGAUUUUUAAAUGUUUCCAUUAUAAUUGGCUACCAUUGUCAAUUUUCUUAUUGAUUCUGAUACUUGUUCAGUUUCUUAGUUUUCCAGGUAAUAAUUUAUCUGCAAGUCAGUGUAACUUAAUUAUUUAUUUUUUAAUAGCUCAGUAUUCUCAUUGCCUUUUGUUGUUUCAUUGAGAACUUCCAGUACAAUGUUAGGAGGGGGAAAAAAACAAUGGGAAUGGCACCAAUCCUUCUCUUGUUCAUCUUUAUAUUCCUUAGAACAUACGGAAUGCGUUCUGACAUAGAACUUAUUGAAGAGUAAUUUGGAAUUUUCUGAUGAAUCAACCGUUGUCUUUAAUCUUCACAAGUUUGAAAGGUAUACGUUAUUGUUCCCAUUUCCCAGAUGGAGAAAUUGAGGUUCAGGAAGGUUACACAAAGUCCCGGGUCUAAGAAAAAUGUCUCCCAGAUUCCAAAAGAUGUGUCUAUUUUGCUAAUAGUGGCCAUUCAAGCAUUAGGGGAAAGGUUGCCCGUGGUAUCGCUGGUGUUUCUUCUUCCCACUUUCAAAUCUAGAAUAGUAAAAUAGCAAAAAUCCCAACGGGCAUGAGAGUUAUCAUAGUAGAUAGGGUAGGUUGGUUCUCUGCUAUGGUCAACGUCAGCUCUGUGGCGAGGCGGGUUCUCCCAACAAUAGUCCACACCAUUUCCAGGCUUUUCUCGGCGACGGGCAGCCCAGAGUGCGGAACUUCUCUGGAUGCGCCCGGCCCCCAAAGCGAGGAGACAAGACAGCCCCGAUUCUCCGCAGCCCCAGGUUUACUCGUCAAGGACCGAGGGGCCUCUCAGCUCCGACCGCCUCCUCUCCGCCCCCUGCAGGCCGGCCGGAGGGACAGCUCAGGGCCCAGGUCCGCGAAGGGAGCACGGAACCAAAGAGCGCUAGCGCCGGUCCGGCCAUCUUUCCACAAAGCCCGGGCCGGUCCGCCCCGCCGCGGAGACUCAGCACGGAUCGCGGCUCCCUACCGCCAUGGCGCGGGUGCUGAUCGUGGGCGCCGGGGUGACAGGAAGCUUGUGCGCUGCGCUGCUGAGGAGGCAGACGUCCCGUCCCUUGUACCUUGCUGUGUGGGACAACGCUGAAGACUCAGGUGGAAGAAUGACUACAGCCAGCAGUCCUCAUAAUCCUCAGUGCACAGCUGACUUGGGUGCUCAGUACAUCACCUGCACUCCUCAUUAUGCCAAAAAGCACCAACGUUUUUAUGAUGAACUGUUAGCCCAUGGCAUUUUGAGGCCUCUAACCUCACCUAUUGAAGGAAUGGUGAUGAAAGAAGGAGACUGUAACUUUGUGGCAACUCAAGGAAUUUCUUCAAUUAUUAAGCAUUACUUGAAAGAAUCAGGUGCAGAAGUAUACUUCCGACAUCGUGUGACACAGAUCAAUCUAAGAAAUGACAAAUGGGAAGUAUCCAAACAAACAGGCCCCCCCGAGCAGUUUGAUCUUAUUGUUCUCACAAUGCCAGUUCCUCAGAUUCUGCAGCUUCAAGGUGACAUCGCCAACUUAAUUAGUGAAUGCCAAAGGCAGCAACUGGAGGCUGUGAGCUACUCCUCUCGAUAUGCUCUGGGCCUCUUUUAUGAAGCUGGCACGAAGAUUGAUGUCCCUUGGGCUGGGCAGUACAUCACCAGUAAUCCCUGCAUACGCUUCGUCUCCAUUGAUAAUAAGAAGCGCAAUAUAGAGUCAUCAGAAAUUGGGCCUUCCCUCGUGAUUCACACCACUGUCCCAUUUGGAGUUACAUACUUGGAACACAGCAUUGAGGAUGUGCAGGAGUUAAUCUUCCAGCAGCUGGAAAACAUUUUGCCAGGUUUGCCUCAGCCAAUUGCUACCAAAUGCCAAAAAUGGAGACAUUCACAGGGUUGGUAUAUAGAAUUCCUCUCAAGUGCCAACUCCAAUUGACUGGUGGUGGCUGCCUGAGGCACCGAAGGGAGAAGGAUGCUGAGGCCCUGCUGGGCUUCCUGGAAAGACUGCCACGACUGAUUAGUGAUAUCUGUCAGGAGUUGCUGCACCUGUGUCACCCCCAUAAUCUAUGAUACAGUUGGGGAAAUUUGCCCAGCAAGAUGAAUGAUCUGGGAAGACAACCAGACUUGGUUCUGGAAUUGGUACAUUUACCUUUGAAAAUGAACAAAUGGAUUCUUAGAUAACCAGUAUAUCUCUGUCAGUUUCACCUGAGGCUGCUCAUUUGGGUGAGCUGAGAAAAUGGAGUGUUUAAACCAGCAAUGCUAAAGACAUUAGAAGUCCUAACACCAACAAUGCUACUUAACUGAAAAAGCACUGCUUAAAGGAUCCUACCAUUCAUUAUAUUUUGACUUGUUGUGCAUUGAGAAACUGUGGAGUAUUUACCAUCCCUCUCCCAUCACCCUACUUAAUACUUGCCGUAUUUCUUCAACUAUAAGAUGCCACCCCAUCAGUGUACACCAGGAGACAGUCAAGAUGUAGUUUUCACAUGUGUGAACUUGGUUAUUUCUGGUGCUCUUGGAGUGGGCAGCUGUAACUUCUUGAUAUUUAAACUAACAAAUUAUUUAAGAACAAUUUGAGGAAAGAAUAUGAGUCUCGUUACUGUCUGAAAACCUUUCUUUCCCAAUGAAGAGAAAAAAGCAUAAUCCAUACUUGCAGAACAGUGUCAGCAGCUCAGAAGAAAACCCUAGAAAAAAAUAAUUCAGUGGAAUAUCCUUGUAAGAAAUGCCACAUCGCCAGUGUUUUAGACAGCACAGAGGACAGACUGAAUAGGGAAGUGCAUGGAUAUCAGACAUCAGCAUGUCUGAGUUAAAGAGUGGUUCAGAGAAGUCCAUCUCUAAAUGUGAGUCUUUAGAAGGGCUUAACCAAUGUAUUUCUCUUUUAUUUCCUUUUUAUGUUUGCAAAAGAUACACAUAGACAAAUCCGAAAGAACUUUUCUAUUAAGUAUAAAUUUCUUUCUCAUUGGUACAUAAAAUAUUGUUGUGUUUUAUGGUGCCUUAAAUUCAAUGAAAUGUGGUAUAAUUUGCAUUCAUGGUAUAAGUUAGGAAACGUAGCAGCAAAAAUUUCAUUAUUCAUUGUCCAAGCUCCCUGAUCGCAUUAGUUGCACAUCUAGAAUUAGAAUUUAUAAAACCUUAAUUCUUGCCUACCCUCUUGAGUGUCACCUGUUGCCAUAUUUCAGAAAGGUUUCUUUAAGUAACCAAAUUAUGGGCUGGAUGGCUGAAUAGGUCAGCCUAAAAUAAAGCCACUCUAUAGGCCAAACAAAUGACUGUUCUCUAUGGGUAAAUGUUUCCUAGUCCAAGGACGCACUGUAGCUUUAGCAUAGAUAUAAAAGGAAGAAUGGACAUUAUUUGAAUUAUUUUGCUAAUAAUCAACUGUCAUUUUGAUAAGAAAUACUUAGCCUCCUUGUCUGCCUACCUCUUUCUUUUCAUCUUUAAUUUCAUUUUCACACCAAAAGCACUUUUUUGUGUGAACUUUUACAAUUAGUAAUCAUGGUACAAAGAAACUAUUAGGCUGAACCAUAUACAAAUUGACAAUAUUUUACCAUUUUUGACCUACAGAAUCAGCAGGUUUGUGUGGUUCAACUUAAUACAUGACAGGAGACAGUCAUUAAAGCAGUGCACGGUCUGAGGCCAGAGGACAUCCCUUCAUUCAUCAUUAUUAAGAAUCUUCUAAAUACAAUAGUUCCUCCAUUUGAGCUUCUCCUCAGCUAUAUGGGGAGCCUCUGAAUAACACUUUUUGUGUAGGUUUUCUGUCAAGACCUUCAUUUGAUCAACUGUGUACAAUAUCUUUUAACUCAAUAAACAUUUAUUGCACACUUUAAUAUGAUCCAGGCACUGUUCUCAGCCUUGGAUACAAAGAUCAGUGAGUCAGAGCCCCUAUUCUUAGAAGCUUGCAGUCUAGGAGGGGAGGAGACAGGCAUGGACAUCAUUACAGUGCAAAAUAGCAAGUAAUAUAAUAGAUAGAAAUAACAUGCUGAAAAGGCACUGACCUUGCCUGGCUGAGCAAGAAUGCCUCAGAGCAGGUGAUGUUUAUACUGAGUCUUGAAGGAUGAGCAAUUUACUUGUCAGCAAAGAGGAGGAUGAUGCAACACCACCCAGCAAAAUGGUUUGUUCCAAGCCACAGAAGUACAAGAAGAAGAACCUGAGUUUGAAUAUAGAUAGGACAAAGGCAAGAGAAGGGACAAGGACAAGGGUGACAAAGGUGAGAGAAGUGGCACGAGGUGAGAUUUGAAUGAAAGUAAGAUCCUGGUUAUGAAGAGCUCUCCAUGUGGGGCUUAGGCGUUUGCAUUUUAUAUAACAAAAGACAUUGACAUGGGUUGAAAUUGCUUAGAAAUAAAACCACUUCUUCAGCUUUAUUUGUAUACCCAGUCCAGUUAUCACCUAAGUUUGUAGAAACAUUGCAUUUGCUACUCUAUAGCAGGCAAGAGUUCUUUCUGACCAUCCCUGGCACACAUGUGAGCCAAAGCAACCUGGAUUUGCAAGGGGUUGUUUCAGCCCUGACAUCUCUCUUAAACACAGUCAUUGAGCUGUGGUUCCUCACUGUGGCUGAAAGCAUAGCCAAAGGCUGCAUUAUUGUGAGAUUGUGGCUUUGACAAUUAUGUGCUCCUCCACUGCAGGGCUCUUACUUUACAUGGGUGAAGGAGCUUGCCAAUACACGCUCCAUGUUUUCAUAUUUUCCCUAUUGGGUAAUUGCAAAAUGGGUGAUUCCACCUAAAUACAGUGAGAUUGAUUUCAUCCAAACUGCCGACUGGCUAAUCAGUGGCCCAGUUUUCCAGCCAUGUGAUCUGGCAUCUGCGUUUUACCACUCAUCAAAUUAAAUUACACAGCACCAAUAAAUUACCGGCUCAUGACCGGGCAAAACCCUUUUCCUUAAACUCCUUCCUGGUUAAUACUUGUGCAAUGUUUAAUAGUGCCACAGUUUAUCUAUACAGGGAUGUCAACAGGAAUGUAUCAAAAUUUUACCACAAAUGGAGAUUUAUGUAUGUGCAAAUUAUACAUAGACACACACAUAUAUGUAUAGAUAUGAAUAUGUAUGAAUGAGUAUUUAUUGAUGUGAAUUUUCCAGAUGCCUAAAGCUAAGUCAAAAAUUAAAUCUAAGUCAAAACAAAAAUCAAAAA